AGUGAAGUGGUAGAGCACGUUGACCGCUUCACUUAUUUGGGAAGUACCAUCAGCCCCAACGGGCUGAUCUCUGACGAAAUCUCAGCACGAAUACAAGGGGCUCGUUUCGCAUUUGUUAGUUUACGCCGACUCUGGCGUAGACGAGAUGUUCGACUAUCGACCAAAGGGCGGGUGUACUGCUCAUCAGUCCGCUCCGUCCUCCUUUAUGGUUGUGAGACCUGGCCACUGAGAGUGGAAGACAUGAAAAGACUAGCUGUCUUUGAUCAUAGGUGCCUGCGUUCUAUUUCCCGUGUAAAGUGGCAUAAUAAGGUGAGCAACAUGGAGGUUAGGCGUAGAGUUCUAGGUAAACAGGGGAAAUCAAUCGACGAAGUCGUGAAGCUACAAAGACUGAGAUGGUUAGGACAUGUGUUACGUAUGCCAAGCCAUCGCCUCCCUCGACGAGCUAUGUUAGCGGAUAUAGGGUCAGGCUGGAAAAAAGCUAGCGGCGGUCAAACAAAAACUUGGCAUCAGUCAAUGAAAUCCACAACAGUUGGUCUAAGCCACGUAGAAAGGUGUAGACUUCCAGGCUGGGGUCCUCGGGACGGUAAAAAUCUAUGGUUGGAAACAAUUGGUGACAUGGCUCAAAAUCGUUCUCAGUGGCGCAGAUGCAUCCACUCCCUGUGACUUAUGAUCUUCAAUGAAACUGUUUUGUAUUUCUUUAUUA